AAACAACAGUACAAACAGAGAACAUGUAGUUUGUCUUUCUAAAUUAAAAUGAGACCUGCAUUUAUUGCCUUUGGAGAGUCAACAGUGUCUAAUCUAAAACGGCAGUAUUGUGAAAGAAUAACAGGUCAGGACAUUGUGACAUUUCACUGUCAAAGCAGGAGAGCAUCUGGUCUUUAUGUGUGACACAAAUCGGUAUUAACAUUGAUUUUUUUUUUUUUUUUACCUCCCAGGGUGCGGUUUUGUAUAACUUGAGUUUAACUGAAGAGUUUAAGUACUUUGAGAUUCCAUUGCAUUUAAUAUCUUUAAAAUACCACAGUCAGGUAAAAAAGGGGRCUUCAGAGAAACCAGGAGUCAGGUUAAGGCACUAACGUUUUCAGUUGAUUUAUUUACUCAGUCUAAUCUUCAUGAUCAGGGCACAGUAACAUUAGCGGUAAUGACAGUCAACAUUUAGUUAAUGUUAUAUAUGGACAGACAACGUCAGCAAAAAUUGGCUUUAAAAAAGAGAGCUUUGGAAUGCAGACGUUYACACCAGCCAGGCAUGAAGGUGUUUGUACUAGCUCUUACCUUAGCCCUUGCGGCUGGUAACCAGGUGAGCUAUGCCCCAGAGUUUGCUUCUGGAAAAACUUAUGAGUACAAAUAUGAAGCACAUCUUCUGGGGGGCUUGCCUGAGGAGGGCCUGGCACGAGCUGGGGUGAAAAUUCAAAGCAAAGUCUUGAUUGGCGCAACGGACUCAGACAGCUACAUUCUGAAGCUUGUAGAUCCUAUGCUUUAUGAAUACAGCGGCAUCUGGCCCAAAGAGGAUUACCGCCCCGCCACCAAGCUCACUUCAGUCCUGUCUGCUCAGCUCUUGACUCCUAUCAAGUUUGAGUAUGCCAACGGUGUGGUCGGUAAAGUGUAUGCACCUGAAGGCGUCUCUGCAACCGUGCUGAACAUCUACAGGGGAAUCCUCAACAUCCUUCAGAUGAACAUCAAGAAGACACAAAAUGUGUAUGAGAUGCAAGAGCUUGGAGUUCAGGGUGUGUGCAAGACCCACUACGUCAUUAAUGAAGACUCAAAGGCUGACCGCAUCCACCUGACCAAGACCAAGGACCUGACCAAUUGCCCCGAUAGAGUUUAUAUGGACAUUGGCUUGGCAGGAUAUGCUGACAGAUGUGUGGAAUGUGAGUCUCGGGCAAAAUCCUUAAAAGGAGCAACUGCUGUGACCUACACCCUGAAGCCCUCAGCUUCUGGUUCUUUAAUUUUGGAAGCAACCUCAUCAGAGCUUAUCCAGUACUCGCCUUUCAACAUCAUAAAUGGUGCUGCCCAGACAGAAACUAAGCAAAUCCUGAAAUUUUUGGAUAUCAAGAUGACCACAAUAGAGCCUAUCAAAGCUGACUAUCUUCCUCGCGGAUCGCUUAAGUACGAGAUGGGCACUGAGCUUCUCCAGACACCAAUUCAACUUCUGAGGAUCAGCAACGUUGCGGCUCAGAUCAUUGAGACCUUGAACUACCUGGUAAACUCCAAUUUGGGCAAGGCCAGUGAAGAAUCACCUCUGAAAUUUCUUGAGCUCGUCCAGCUGCUGCGUGUUGCCAAWUAUGAGACUAUUGAAGCCCUCUGGAGCCAGUUCAAAGCCAGAAAUGAUUACAGACAUUGGAUGCUGAGUUCUUUCCCAGCCRUUGGUAAUCACAUCACUCUUAAAUUUAUCAAGGAGAAGUUCAUUGCUGGGGAAUUAACUUAUUUUGAAGCUGCUCAAGCCUUAAUGCUUUCCGUACAGUCAGUAGUACCAGACCUGGAGGCCAUCAAGCUUUUGGAGGGCUUGGCUGUGACCCCCAAGAUUAAAGAAAAUCUUUUCUUGAGCGAGAUUGCCAUGCUGGGCUUUGGUACCAUGAUUGAUAAAUACUGCGCUGAGAACCCUUCAUGUUCAGCCGAGCUUGUCAGGCCUGUUCAUGAUCUCGUAGUUCGGGCCCUUGAAAAACGUGACAAUGAUGAGCUCACUCUUGCUCUCAAAGUUCUGGGUAAUGCUGGACAUCCCAGCAGCCUGAAGACAAUCAUGAAACUUCUGCCCGGCUUUGGCAACGCUGCUUCCACUCUCCCACACAAAGUUCACAUCGAAGCUGUUUUGGCACUGCGGAAAAUUGCAAAGAGGGAACCCAAGAUGACUCAGGACAUGGUUGUUCAGCUCUAUAUGGACAAGCAUCUUGAGCCAGAGCUCCGUAUGGUUGCUGCCAUUGUUCUUUUUGAGACCAAACUGCCCAUGGGUCUGGUCACCACACUUUCUCAGAGCCUCUUGAAUGAAGCAAACCUACAGGUUACCAGUUUUGUCUACACCUACAUGAAGGCCCUUAGAAGGGCCACCACACCAGACCAUUCCUCUGUCGCUGCUGCCUGCACUGUUGCCAUAAGGAUGCUCAGCCCCAAACUUGACAGGCUGAGCUACCGCUUCAGCAGAGCUUUUUAUUAUGAUACUUAUUACAAUCCUUGGAUGCUGGGUGCUGCUGCCAGUGCCUACUACAUUAAUGAUGUUGCCACCGUUUUGCCAAAAACCAUUAUGACAAAAGCUCGCACUUAUUUUGCUGGAGUUCACGUUGAUGUUUUUGAGUUUGGAGCAAGAACCGAUGGACUGCAAGAGGCUCUUUUGAAAAUCCGUGAUGUUCCAGAGAGCGCAGACAGGAUCACUAAGAUGAAACAAGCCAUCAAGGCUCUGACUGAAUGGAGAGCUAAUCCUUCAAGACAUCCCCUGGGUUCUCUAUCUCUGAAGGUUUUUGGACAGGAAGUUGCAUUUGUAAACAUCGACAAAGCAAUGGUGGAACAGCUUAUUCAGCUUACAAGUGGACUUGAGAUUCACACAUAUGGCAGAAAGGUAUUGGAAGCUCUGCUGUCUGGUUACACACGAAAAUAUUCUAUGCCGAUACUGGCCGCUGAGGUUCGUCGUGUUUUCCCCACCAMUCUUGGUUUACCCAUGGAGUAUAGUUUCUACACUGCUGCUGUUGUUGCUGCAUCCAUUGAAGUAAAAGCCACAGUGACACCACCUCUGUCUAAGGACUUCCAUCUUGGACAGCUUCUUAAAUCAGACAUUUCUUUGCAGUCUGCAAUUGCUCCAAGUGUUUCCAUGCACACCUAUGCAGUUAUGGGUGUGAACACAGCUUUCCUCCAGGCUACUAUGUUGACAAAAGCCAAAGUUCACUCAAUCGUUCCUGAGAAGAUGGAGGCAAGACUUGAUAUAAAGGAUGGCUACUUUAACUUCCAGCUCCUGCCUGUUGAGGGAGUUAACACAAUUGCAUCUGCACUUGUUGAAACUGUGGCUAUCGCAAGAAAUGUGGAAGACCUUGCAGGUGCCAAAAUCACACCAAUUUUUCCAGCUGAGACUUUAAGGAGGAAUGCCACCUCAGAGUCUUCAUGGAUGUCCUCCUCUUUUAAUGACAGCAUGUCUGAAUCAUCUGAAAUCCUUCCUGUUAACAUGGAAAGUCAAAUGGUCAACACAAUAAAGCUCCCCAAAGCAUUUUGGAAGAAACUGUGUGUUGCAACUGAAACAUUUGGAAUCAAAGCCUGCACUGAGAUUGAGUCCCGCAAUGCCAUUUUCUUGAAAAAGUCCCCACUCUAUGCCAUGAUGGGGAAGCAUGCCAUUGAAGUUAAAGUUUCUCCAGCUGCUGGACCAGCUAUUGAAAAGAUUGAAAUUGAGGUUCAGGUCGGAGAAAAAGCAGCAGAUAAGCUCAUCAAGGUAGUUAACUUGAGAGAGGAGGAAGAGGAGGAGGAGCCUCUUGAGGACAAAAAUGUCUUGAUGAAACUAAAGAAGAUUCUGGUUCCUGGUCUGAAGAACAGCACAUCAGUUUCGUCUAGCUCUAGCAGCUCUCAGUCCACCAACUCUCGCACCAGCAGCUCGAGUUCAAGCGCCUCCUCCUCUAGAUGGUCCAAGAGUUCCUCCAUCUCCUCCUCUAGCCGCAAGAGUAGGAUGAUUGAUCUUACUGACCUCAUCAACAUCAAAUCAGACAAAUCAUCCAGCAGAUCAUCCAGCAGUUCCCCCAGCAGGAGCUCAAGAAGCUCAUCCAGCAGCCGGACAUCUCUCCAGUCCAGUAGGUCAUCUCUCCAGACCAGCAGUUCAUCCUCCAGCUCCAUGUCUAAACAAGAACUGUAUGAAAUGAACUUCACCAAGCACCACAUCCACCAGCAUUCCAUCUCUGUAGAGCGCACCAGCAGCAAGAGCAGUGCCCAGAGUUUUGAAGACAUCUACAAUAAGGCCAAAUACCUCUCCAACACUAUCAAGCCAGCAGCCACCAUUGUCAUCCGUGCUGUUAGAGUUGACCACAAGAGUCAGGGUUAUCAGAUUGCAGCUUAUUACGACAAAGAAGAUGCCAGAGUGCAGGUCAUCGUCGCCAACCUCACUGAAGAUGACAAGUGGAGAAUUUGUGCCGACGGUGUCGUGCUGAGCUACCACAAGCUGAUGGCCAGGGUUACUUGGGGCAUUGAAUGCAAGCAGUACAACGCUACAAUCACAGCUGAGACCGGUGUCGUUGCUAAAGAGCCUGCCGUCCGUGUGAAGCUAGCCUGGGCCAGACUCCCUGAGGGCAUGACAAGAUAUGCAAAAUGGAUCUCCGAGUACCUUUCUCGUACUGCUGUGCAGUAUGGAGUAAACCAGACAAGAGUUGUUAAUAAAGCUAAAGAGAUCAAACUGAUUUUAUCUGUUGCCAACGAGACAAGCUUGAAUGUUACACUGAAGACACCAAAGAGCACCCUUUACAAACUGGGAGUUAGUCUGCCUAUUUACCUGCCAAUCAGCAACACUGCCAAUGAGCUGGAGUCAUACUCAGACAACUGGAGUGACAAGAUCACCUACAUGCUCACCAAGGCUCUUGCAGCUGAGUGUAACGUGCUUAAAGACAAAGUGGUCACAUUCAACAACAGAACUUACAAGACCGAGAUGCCAAUCUCCUGUUACCAGGUUGUGGCUCAAGAUUGCACAUCAGAACUCAAAUUCUUAGUUCUACUGAGGAGGGACCAGACACACGAAAAGAAUGAGAUCAACGUCAAGAUUCACAACAUUGACAUUGACAUAUAUCCCAAGGAUAGUGCUAUCAUGGUGAAGGUUAAUGGAGUGGAAAUCCCUGCCAACAAUCUGCCAUAUCAGCAUCCAGAAGGCAGCAUAACCAUCAGAAAGAAAGACGAGGGCAUCUCUCUCAUUGCUCCAGGUCAUGGCCUUCAGGAGGUCUACUACAGCUUCAGUGAACUAAAGGUUAAAGUUGUAGACUGGAUGAAAGGUCAGACUUGCGGACUGUGUGGAAAAGCCGACGGUGAAGUCAGAAAGGAGUACCGUAUGCCCAACGACCGGGUGGCCAAGAAUGCAACCAGCUUUUCUCAUUCCUGGGUUCUACCAGGAAAGAGUUGCCGUGAUGCUUCUGAGUGUUUCAUGCAGCUUGAGUCUGUAAAGCUGGAAAAGCAGGCCAGUCUGGAAGGCGAGCAGGCCAAAUGUUACUCUGUUGAGCCCGUGCUGCGUUGUUUGCCUGGCUGCACGCCUGUGAGAACCACCUUCGUCAAAGUUGGUUACCACUGCGUGCCUCUCGAGUCAAACCUGAAUCGUUCUGAUGCACUCAGCAACAUCUACGAGAAGAGCAUUGACCAGAUGGAGAACGCUGAAGCCCACCUGGCCUGUCGAUGCACUCCUCAGUGUGCCUAAACUUGUUGUCUUUGGACAUUUUUCAUUUCUUGUUUGUGUAAUAUGCAAGCUAAUGUACUUGAAUAAAAAAUCACGUGCAGUAAA